CCAGGGAGCUCCUCCGGCGGCGGGAGCGGCUUGGGAAGAGAGGGAGGCUCGUCAGCCUCCCCUCGCCAUGCCAGGCUCUGCCUCCUCCUCCUCCUCCUUCCGGAGGCUUAGGGGGAAGAGCUGUCCAGGGACCGUCCAAACCCGGAGUCCUCCCGCCGCUGCCGGGGGCUGCGGGCGCGGGCCCUGAGGAGCGAGGCCCCGUCCGCCUCGCCCUCCCUCACGCAGACUAUGAAGAAGUGCCUAUAAUCCAAUUCCCAGAGAACAGAGCAUGGGGUGACCUUGAGAUAUGGAUAUGGUGGAUGGGUGCAGCUGGAUCAUCACUGCAAGGAGUCACAGUCCAAGCCCUUUCCACAGUCCCUGUUAUGUUCAGCUACUGGGCCAAACCUCAGGACACUUUAGACCUAGCCCAGAUGUUAAACAAUGACUUGGCUGCUACAGUGAAGAAGUACCCCAAGAGGUUCGUGGGCCUGGGCACGUUACCCCUGCAAGCCCCCGAGCUGGCUGUGAAGGAAAUGCAUCGCUGUGUGAGGGAACUGGGAUUUCCUGGAGUGCAGAUAGGAUCUCAUGUCAACCAGUGGGACCUGAACGCCCCAGAGCUGUACGAUGUUUAUGCUGCUGCUGAAGAAUUGAAUUGCUGUCUCUUUGUGCAUCCCUGGGACAUGCAGAUAGAUGGGAGGAUGUCCAAAUAUUGGUUUCCCUGGCUAAUAGGCAUGCCAACAGAAACAACCAUGGCCAUUUGCUCCAUGAUUAUGGGAGGAGUUUUUGAAAAAUUUCCUAAGCUGAAAGUUUGCUUUGCACAUGGAGGUGGAGCUUUUCCAUACACAGUGGGGAGAAUCUCCCAUGGGUUCAACGUGCGCCCUGACUUGUGUGCGAUGGAUAACAAGGUGGAUCCAAGGAAAUACCUUGGCUCGUUUUACACAGACUCUCUUGUCCAUGACCCAGGUGCACUAAGGCUGCUAACAAGUGUCAUAGGAGAGGUGAGUGUUAAUGCUUCCAGAAGAGG